GUCUCGCGGUUUAGAAACGCUGUGCUUUUUAAACYCCUCCCAGUUGUUUCUUAUUUUUUUACGGAAACGGAAGGGGUGGUACACAUGUAAAGUGAAACCUCGAAGCUAGCUCUCGUCUGCCCGAGUUAUUACUUUGUCAGUAAACAAUUAUGGCGGCCGCGGAUCCCUGGUCCUCGAGUCAUGACAGGCCCGCAAGCAGAGGAGAGUUCCCGGCUGGUGAGAGCAGCAACGAGCGCGAUGGCCCGGGAGGAAGCGGCGGAGAGGGAGAAUCCGAGCCAGAUCGGUCAACAUUCGAAUGCAACAUUUGUUUGGACACAGCAAGGGACGCUGUCAUCAGCUUGUGCGGGCACUUGUUCUGCUGGCCCUGCCUUCAUCAAUGGUUGGAGACACGGCCCAGCCAACAGCAGUGUCCUGUGUGUAAAGCGGGCAUCAGCAGAGAGAAAGUCAUCCCCCUCUACGGCAGAGGGAGCUCCAGCCAAGAGGACCCCAGGUUGAAAACCCCGCCUCGGCCUCAGGGACAGAGAACGGAGCCAGAGAGCAGAGGGCCCUUCCAGGGGUUUGGGGACACUGGCUUCCACAUGUCCUUUGGGAUCGGUGCAUUCCCAUUCGGCUUCUUCACCACAGUCUUCAACACCAAUGACCCCUUCCACAGAGCAGACGCAUACGCAGCCGAUCACCAAGGCAACCCUGACAACGGCAACAACUGGCAGGACUCUCUCUUCCUGUUCGUGGCCAUCUUCUUGUUCUUCUGGCUGCUGACUGUGUGAGGGAGAAGAUGGAUAGAAGGUGGAAAAGGAGAGGUGUAGGGAUGGGGGAGUAUGUGUGGGUGUGUGUGUGUGUAUGUAUAUAUAUUACACACACAUCAAAGCAUCAGGAACGACCGACUUUCUGGCUCAGUAGUGACUGGGAGACUUUAGACCAUAGAUGGGUGGUGGUGGGAUGACUGUCAGUUUACUCUUAGCAAGCGAUAUCUAAUGCAGCAAACAAACGAGUCAAAUAUUUGUGUAUUCCCCCCCCCGCCCAAAUGAUUUACGAGAUUCAUUUGGAUUGGGAGAGUACUCUGAGACACCACUCUGUGGUGGUGGAUGAUACCCAAACGUGAGGGUGAGUGAAGCGAAGUCAAUCUUUCGACCUUUCUCUGCAUUUGUACAUAAAUACACCACAUGCACACACACACACACAGUGGAUACCACACACACACACACACACACACACACACACACACACACAGUGGAUACCUGGGUUGAAGCGUGGGGGCUGACUUUUUAGGGAUGGGUCUGGUGUAUAGACUGGAAUCAGUGUUGAGAGAAAUGGUUGGAUUGAGUUAAUUGUAAAUUAGGGGAGUAUGACAAUGAUCACUAAGUAACUUUACUGUACCACAAUACCUAUGUAAUGUGGUUAACAUAGAGAUACAGUUGAAGUCGGAAGUUUACAUACACCUUAGCCAAAUACAUUUAAACUCAGUUUUUCACAAUUCCUGAUA